GUUUUUGAAAGAUAAUCUUAAGGUAGUUUUAGGACAACACGAUCGUUGCAUUCCGAACAGCGACACCGUCCAAUUUUCUUUAGCCGAGAUCAUCGUGCACGGCGACUUCGAUCCGCGUGAUUUUCGUCACGACGUUGCGCUCCUGAGGCUCAACAUGAGGGUGACCAACAACAAGAUCAUCAGCCCCAUCUGUCUACCAAAUUUGGAUGUGUACGGUAGGAAAGUGGUGGAUAAAUACAAGAGGAGAUCGGGAAAGAUCGUGGGUUGGGGUUCGACCAUCGCCAACGACGAAUCUUCGAUCAGCUGUAGACCUUUGCAGGUAUCAGUGCCGAUUUUGGAGAGGUCUUUUUGCAUCGGCAACGAUGCCUCGCUCUUCUGCGCCGGUUACGUGAACGGAACGGCGGACUCUUGCCAAGGGGACAGCGGCGGUCCGCUGCAGAUUAUAAAUAGGUUUAAGAGAUACGAGAUCAUCGGGAUAAUAUCUUCUGGUAGAGGAUGCGCCGAAAUCGGAGAGCCCGGAUUGUACACGGAUGUUCUGCAGAAACUCAAUUGGAUCUACGAGAGGAUCUCCGAUUCAUCCUGUCUACCCUAUCUACCCUUUUAA